UGGACCUAGACUGGAAGCGGAAGUUAUUGUCUGCUCUGCUCAGACAUCGCAUUAACAGCAAGCUAACGAUCUGUUUAGCUAACAUCAUCACAGUUUAUCCUUCCAUUUCGUCGCUACAGUUCGCUUUUAUUUCCAAUUAAGAAUGUCAGAAAGAAAAGUGUUAAACAAAUACUACCCGCCAGACUUCGACCCGGCUAAAAUACCCAAACUUAAGCUCCCUAAAGACAGGCAGUAUGUGGUCCGGCUGAUGGCUCCCUUCAACAUGAGGUGUAAGACUUGUGGGGAGUACAUUUACAAGGGGAAGAAGUUCAACGCCCGUAAGGAGACUGUGAUGAAUGAGCUCUACAUGGGACUGCCCAUCUUCCGCUUCUACAUCAAGUGUACAAGAUGCCUGGCUGAGAUCACCUUUAAGACUGAUCCGGAGAACACAGACUAUGCCAUGGAACACGGUGCCACAAGGAACUUCCAGGCGGAGAAACUUCUAGAGGAGGAGGAGAAGAAGAUAACUAAGGACAGAGAGGAGGAAGAGUUGAACAACCCUAUGAAGGUGUUGGAGAACCGUACGCGGGACUCUAAGAUGGAGAUGGAGGUUCUGGAGAAUCUUCAGGAGCUCAAGGAGUUGAACCAGAGACAGGCUUCGGUGGACUUCGAAGGAAUGCUGGGAACAUACAAAGAGCUGGAGCAGAGGACCAAAGAGCAGGAGAAGGAGGAGGACGAGAGGGAGACACGGGAGAUGCUAGAGAGAGCUCUAGUGAAGAGGUUAAGAGACUCCGACUCUGACUCAGACCAGGAGGGCGAGAGCAGCAGCAGACCAAAGAAACCCAGCACAGACAGACCUACUGACAUCCUCACCACAGACAGACUCACUGACCCACAGGGCCUGUCAGUGGGGGGGGUGAAGAAGGCCAAGGUGGAGAGCUGGGAGAGAAGUGUGGGGGGGCUGGGAGGUGGAGGGGUCCUGGGAACACUGGUGGUGAGGAAGAAACCAGUGACCUCUGUCCCCAAACCUGGUACCACAGUAACUCCUGCAGGCUCUAACAAACAGACAGUUUCAAAGGCAGCUGCUACUGUAGUGACGGAGGCUACUAAGCCAAUCACAGCACGGAAUGGGUCAUCGUCGCUCAGUCUCCUGGGGGCGUAUUCCGACAGUGAUGACAGCAACAACAGUGAAUGAGAGAAAGGCUGGCGAUGCUUUGGCUCACCAAAAUGCUCAGUCAGUAUCUAAACUUCGUGAUAUGGAAAUGUGUUGAUAUGUUGUUGGGCAAUUCACCUCUUCCACACAACCCAGAACAGUUUUGGAUUUUCAAGAUCACAACAUAAGGAUGGUUGGUUAUUAGGUGUAAGAAAGGGGUAAGCAAUUUGAUGCCUGUGAUGAUUUAAAACUACUGUAUUUGUUUCAGGGUAUAUAGGAGAGUUAAAGGGCUGAAUUGUAUCAUUCUGCUUUGUGACCCCAACCCCAAUGUAAUUAGUUUUCACCUGUGAUUUUAGAAAAUAUAUUUUGAAAUGUCUGUCUACCAACUACCCUCCAACUUUGUAUAUGUGUAAGUCAUGUUUUGGCUUUUCAUUAUAUACUCAUUUACCUCUAAA